CUGAGGGUUUGUUUGUAUAUAAGCUACAUAUCGUCAAAUGGUGCCUGUAUUUCUGGGCUUGGAUUCCCCAAAGCACCAAAAAUCUCACCUUACGCCACCAACUCUGCGGCGACCAUGACAACUUCUACGGCCGCAUUCACCAUCCAGCCUGCGACGCCGACUGAGGUGCCGACCCUGGUUGAAAUAUUUGAUGCAGCCUUCCGUAGUGAGGCUUCGGAAAGGCUGUUCCCUCGCAAACCAGAUGUCAAGGAAUUUUGGGAGGCUACCUUCACCGGCUUCCUCAAUCCAAAGCCUGACACGCCGCAAUCGCGCAUUUUCACUGCGAAAGACGAGGCUGGGAACCUCGUGGGGAUGGUGCUAUGGUGGAUCGUGCUGCCUGGGGGGAUUAACCCUUGGUUGGAUCGAGUCACUGAGUUGCCGCCAUCCGUAACCCGAGAAAUGAUUGUCGAAUGGGCUGAGCCGCAGGUUCAGAACAACCACAAGUACAUGGGAGAGAUCGCCCACAUAUUUCUCGACACUUUGGCAGUCCGCGAUACUUGCAGGGGUAAGGGACUGGGAGAAAAAUUGGUACGCGCAGUGACAAAAGAAGCCGACGAAUUGGGAUAUCCAACAUACCUAGACGCGACGGUAAAGGCCAUCUCGCUUUAUGAGCGCUGUGGGUUUAUCGGCCAGCCUAAAGGCGAAAGCAGGUCAGUUCCCAUGCUCAACAUGUACGAGCUGAUUGAAGCCAAUGCUUGGGUGGCAUUGAGGCUACCUUCAGAUAGCAUCAAAGUCCUUCAAGUAACACCAAACACAACUAUAUCUCUGGGAAAAUAUGGCUCAUUCCCAAGCAAUCUAAUCAUCGAGAGGCCAUAUCACGUCACUUACGAACUUGAAGACAAGCGACCCGAUGAAUCCUUUCACCGAAUACGUAUCGUCCCGCACACAGAGCUGUACGCAGAUACGGUGGCUGAGGAAGCUGCCGGCGUCGAUGCCGAGUCUGGUACACCUCUGCUUGCCGAAGAAGAUGUUGAAUACACCGUUGUCGAUACGGGCAAGGACGAGGUGGUCGCGCGAUCUACUCAGGAGUUCAUAGACGAGGAUGCGCGGCAAACUCUUACCAUGGAGGAGAUCGAGGCACUAAAGCGUGAGGGUGCUGGUGCUGGCAAGGAACUCAUCACGAAGCUCAUGCUACGUCACACGGCUCUGGACCUCAAGACUCAGUUUUCUCUGUCCAAGUACAAGCUUUUAAAAACGCGCAAGUACAUUCGGCGCUUCACAGUCUUGCCGUACGACCCCAUCCAGAUGGGUCAAUAUCUACUUGAGGACAAGGACGCAGGUAACAAGAUCAUGGAGAUGCGCGACGAAAUGGCCGCGCUGCUGGCAUGCUGGGCAAAUGUUCAUUAUGGUGGACCUGGCGACGAUACCCCUGGAUCUAUUGAUACGACUGAUCCUGUGGAUCUCCCGGCGGAUUAUGACCAGACGGUACGACAGAGGUGGGAACAGGGCGAAAAGCAAACAUUGCCAGAAGCUGGUCGGUGGCUGGUCGUGGAUGACACAGGCGGUCUGCUUGUCGCUUCUCUUGCCGAGAAAAUGGGCAUCUUGUACCCCAAGAAGGGCGAUGAGACAAGCGCCGAGGCUGCUGAAAAGCCGACGCCAAACGGUAAUCAGGAUUCUUUGUCAGAAGACAAGAUGGAGAUUGAUACCACCAAUAAUGGGGUGAUUUCCUCAGAAAAUGGCCAGACAGAAUCCUCCGUCGAUGCGACAGGAGAAACAGCCACGGAAAAUGGAGCUUCAACAGCAAAGGCCAACAAGCCCAUACGUCCAAAACUAAAACGGCCACACGACUUUCAGGUGCCUUUCUCCACAUCGAAUACCAUCACACUUGUACAUCAAAACUCACAAGCCAAUCUUUCGUACCUACGACAAUAUGGAUAUGAUGUUACGAACCCGAACCAUCCGCCACACCCCCUCCUACCACAUCUACUUACCUUGACAUGGCUUCAACUCAUAUACCCCGAAGCCGAUACGACUUAUUCAACGCCACCACCCAUAGUCUCGGCCGAGGACAUGGCUACGUGGAAAGCCAACAGGCGCGGAAACUAUCACCGCAAGCGCAGAAGAUGGGCGCGAAUCCGCCAUAUAGUCGAGACUGCCCGUGGCGGUAACUUUUCCGGUCUAGUCGUUGCCAGCUCCAUGGAUCCAGUCUCAAUCCUGCGACAUACGCUUCCACUACUGGCCGGCGGAGCCCCUGUGGCCGUCUAUUCGCCAACCCUGGAGCCCCUGACGAGGUUGGCAGACUGCUAUAGUGUAGCAAGGAGAGGUGCCUGGAUGUCAUGCGCCGAUGAGGAUGAGAAGCAGGAACCAGAAGGUGGCGCCGAGACUUCGGCCUCUGCAACGCCUGGGCCGGCCAAGCUGGUGCGCAAGGAGGGUACAGAAGAAUUUCCAGUCAACCCAACGCUGCUCCUAGGUGUCAGCAUACAGACGAGCCGGGUGCGCAAGUGGCAGGUGUUACCGAACCGAACGCAUCCAUUGAUGACAUCGCGGGGUGGCGCUGAAGGUUAUGUUUUGACGGGCUGGCGUGCUGUACCUGCCGAGGGCAAGGUAGAGGCGAGGGGAAAAUUCGUGAAGAAGCAAAAGAGAGAAGCCUAGUACGCGGGGAUUUUUCCGUUUGACCAGCCUAAUUUGCAUUAGAUACCCCUCAUGGAUGUUCCUGCAAAC